AUGGCAGGGGCGACAACGACGGCCCAGGUGGCAGACGCCGCAACAGCAACUCUGACGAUGAUGGACCUGGCGGCAGGCGUGGAGGACAAGGCAGAGACGAUAGCCCCGGACGCCGAGGUGGUCACGAUGGAGGACAAGGCGGACACCGUGGGGGGCGGGACAACGAUAAUGACGGCCCAGGGCAUCGUGGUGGGCGCGACAAUGAUGGUCCCGGCCGCGGAGGAGACGGUCAAGGCCGUCAAGGCGGCGGAGGCCAAAUGA